AUUGCAUGGAAAGCUUCAUUCUUUGAACGCAUACUUUUAAUGCAACAUUUUCUGUCGUUUGAGAACACGUUAUAAAUGUGUGUGUUAUUGCGGAAUAUGCAUGCAUGAACUCAUCUGUGAAUCGCUCUUCUGCUCACUGCAUGUGCACCUGCUCGCGCAUGCCUCCCUCCCUCACAGACAUGAACUUAGAUGGGGACAGCAGCAUGCCAGUCAGUUGUGGGAAUGGCAAACUUAGACAGUGGCUCAUCGAUCAGAUUGACAGCGGGGAGUAUUCCGGCUUGGUUUGGGAAAAUGACGAGAAAACCAUUUUCAGGAUUCCCUGGAAGCACGCGGGGAAGCAGGACUACAACCGCGACGAGGACGCGGCGCUCUUCAAGGCUUGGGCCCUGUUCAAAGGCAAGCACAGAGAAGGCUUGGACAAACCAGACCCUCCAACGUGGAAGACGAGGCUCCGCUGUGCCCUGAACAAGAGCAAUGACUUUGAUGAGCUGGUGGAGAGAAGCCAGCUCUACAUGUGCUCUAAGUCCAGCAGUAUGGAUGACAGCGUGACACACGUGGCUCCUAUUAGUUAUCCUAUGCAUUCCCCGUAUCCUCCUCUACAGCCUCAGAUGCCGGGAUACAUGCUGCCUCAGGAGAGACGAGACUGGAGGGAAUACAGCGGCGAUCAGCCUCAUCCUCAGGCUCCUCACGCGGAGUUACCGUAUGGCCAGUGUCCGUAUCCACCCACGCGCUCCUUACCUUGGCACCCAUCGGCCUGUGACAACGGGUAUCAGAUAUCUGGCUCCUUCUACACGUAUUCACCGACAGAAACCCAUCCAGUGGCAAUGGACCCCGGUAUAAGAUCGGCCGAAGCCAUGGCUAUUUCAGACUGCCGCCUGCACGUCUCUCUGUACUAUCGCGAGUCUCUGGUGAAGGAGGUGACCACCAGCAGCCCUGAAGGCUGUCGAAUCUCCUCCUCUUCAUCUCCAGGAUCACCCUCGUCCCCGUCGUCCCCGGGCCCCGAGGAGAGACUGUACGGCGGGGCUGAGCCCGUGCUCUUUCCCUUCCCGUACCCUCAGUCGCAGCGGCGCGGGGCUGAGAAGCUGCCUAACGUUCUGGAGCGCGGCGUGCUGCUGUGGCUGGCUCCGGACGGGCUUUACGCCAAGCGCCUGUGCCAGGGCCGCGUGUACUGGGAGGGCCCGCUGGCCCCGUAUGCUGACAAACCCAACAAGCUGGAGAAAGAGCAGACCUGCAAGCUGAUGGACACGCAGCAGUUCCUCUCAGAACUGCAGGGCUUCGUUCACCACGGCCGUCCCAUGCCGCGCUCUCAGGUGGUGCUGUGUUUCGGAGACGAGUUUCCAGACCCUCAACGGCAGAGCAAAAUGAUCACAGCUCAGGGGAUCCCAGUUGAGUCUGCACGAAAGAGGUCUGGGGCCAAACAAGAGGAGCAGCACCCAGACAAGACCGGCCCUGCUGACACCUCCGACUCGAGCCCGAUACUUCGAGCGCCAGUUUCACCCGGCGACGCUUUGCGGUCGGAUUCGGGACCUCUGCUUUUGAUUGUGAUUGACAACUGCGCAAACAUAAUCUAA